AAAUUGUUUCUCUUCUCUGCAAAAAGGCGUGUCGUAUAGAAAAAAACAUUUUGUUUUUGGAAAAAAGGUAUAAGAUGAAUGAAAUCGAAUUGAGCCCUAAAAAUCACUGGUACGACGCGGAGAGUUUGAGUUUCACCCUUUGAUUGAAGGUUUUGGUGCUCGAUCGACGUUCAUAAACUGUUUUAGUCCUUUUGACGCACAUUCACAAGUUAGGGUUUUUGUUAGUACCAUCUGCCCCACCAGUCAUUUCGUGCUUUACCAGUUAUCUUAUCUGGGAAUAUCUGCUAUGCCAUUCUAGGAUUAAGAAUAUAAAAAAAAAAAAUUGUUGACAGAGAUGUCAGCGUAUGACAAUGUUGUUGGUGGGAAAUUGAAGUUGAAGGGAAAAGCACUGGAUGUGGCUGGUGGAGUGAAGAAGAAGAAAAAGAAGAACAAGAGAAAUCAGGAACAACUUUUGCAAGUCGCCGAAGAUGAAGUUUCAGCAGGUGGAAGUAAAGAACAAGCCAAAGAUUCAAAUGAUGAAGAUAUAAAUGAUGUGAGUGAAUUAAGCGGGGAAGGGAAGACAGCUCAUUAUGAUGAUCAUCUUACACCGGUGGAGAGGCGUUACAUAGAGCAGAGGGAGCAACUUGAUGUUCACAGAUUGGCUAAGAUAUCUAAUAAAUCUCACCGUGACAGAAUUCAGGAUUUCAACCAAUAUCUUGCAAACAUGAGCGAGCAUUAUGAUAUUCCUAAAGUUGGUCCUGGAUGAUUCAAUGAAGGCCAAUCCUUAUCAUUUGUAUUUGUUCGUUAAUAUUAAUGCCGUGUGCCCGCACAAUGGUUAUUGUCACUGCAUAUUGAUACUUUGUUUUGGAUUCAUAUGAUAGAUAUAUUUGGUUUCUCUCCCUGUGGAUGGAGAAGUAUGCCUUCAACGAAA